AUGCUCAGUCGACGGAUGGUUUUUGGCUUGGGCAGCCUCAUUCUGGCUGCUGGAGGCAGUUUUCUUUAUCAUUUGAAGUGUGAUCUACGAUAUGGGGUGCCUUCCAAGAUUCUGUUCUUGCCUGAAGUCUCGAUCUUUCGAGAUACGUUUGUCAAUGAAGAUUCCGUACCAGCGUAUCUUGAAUUUCUCUUCCUUCGAAUGUUGACCUGCUUCCGGACAUCAUAUUUCUCAUCGACAAGUGGAGGUAUACUAGUAGGUGUCAACAGCAAGGCAGAACAAAUGCCACACUAUAUUCUCGACUCCAAUUCAACAACGCGUCCGAGGGGGACGGCAGUGGACAAGCUUGCAAAGUCACUGGUGGGCAUGAGCGACGAGAAGACACCCAGCCCUGAAUGCAAAGGUAGCGAGAAAGACCUUGCCACGAUAUAA